GGGGAAGUAGGAGCAGGGGGUUGCUGUGGCCACCGAACUGCUGUCGCCCCGGGCUAGGGUCUCGCUGCCCGCGCGCUCGGGGUCCGGCCGCGCGGGGCUGGCGCUGCCAGGCUCCGAACUCAAACCUCCUCGGCCUCCUGGCCGCGACCCCCGGCCUGGGAGACGUGGCUGCUGUGGGCUGGGUCCCUGGAGCGCGCACGCUGGGAGCUGCCUGGCCCCGCUCCGCCGGCCCGCGAACCUCAGAGCCCCUCUGUGCCCGACCCGCCGCCGGCAGCUGCGACGCUGGUACCUGCCCUUGGCUGUGUUGCAGGGGCCGUGAAAAGGGCAGGUACCAGCAGCUGUACUGCUACCGCCUGAGGGGGGUCUGCGCUGCAUGGCACAGCUGUGGUGGGACAAUACAUCUAUUCCGCAAAUCACAAAGAACAAUAGCUAGCAAGUUAACACAGGAAUUUAGGUUGGUAGCAGCUGAUCGAAGGUCCUGGAAGAUCUUGCUGUUUGGUGCAAUUAAUUUAAUAUGCACCGGUUUCCUGCUUAUGUGGUGCAGCUCUACUAACAGUAUAGCUUUAACUGCCUAUACUUACCUGACCAUCUUUAAUCUUUUCAGUUUGAUAACAUGCCUAAUAAGCUACUGGGUAAUGAUGAAGAAGCCCAGCCCAGCCUAUUCAUUUGGGUUUGAGAGAUUUGAAGUACUAGCAGUAUUUGCUUCCACAGUUCUGGCACAACUUGGAGCUCUUUUCAUACUAAAAGAAAGUACAGAACGGUUUCUGGAACAACCUGAGAUACACACGGGACGAUUGUUGGUUGGUACUUUCGUGGCUCUCUUUUUCAACUUGUUUACAAUGCUUUCCAUUCGGAAUAAGCCUUUUGCUUAUGUGUCUGAAGCUGCUAGUACGAGUUGGCUUCAGGAGCAUGUUGCAGAUCUUAGCAGAAGUCUGUGUGGAAUCAUUCCAGGGUUGAGCAGCAUCUUCCUUCCACGAAUGAAUCCUUUUGUCUUGAUUGAUCUUGCUGGUGCUUUCGCUCUUUGCAUUACAUAUUUGUUAAUUGAAAUUAACAAUUAUUUUGCUGUAGAUACAGCCUCUGCGAUAGCUAUUGCUUUGAUGACUUUUGGUACCAUGUAUCCUAUGAGUGUCUACAGUGGAAAAGUACUACUUCAGACAACCCCACCGCAUGUGAUUGGUCAGCUAGAUAAACUUAUUAGAGAGGUUUCUACUUUGGAUGGUGUCUUGGAGGUUCGAAAUGAGCAUUUCUGGACAUUGGGCUUUGGUACUUUGGCUGGAUCAGUACAUGUACGAAUUCGAAGAGAUGCUAAUGAACAAAUGGUACUUGCUCAUGUGACUAAUCGACUGUAUACUCUAGUCUCUACUUUGACUGUUCAGAUUUUCAAAGAUGAUUGGAUCAGACCUACCUUAACAUCUGGGCCUAUUGCAAACAAUAUGUUGAAUCUUUCAGAUCAUCAUAUUAUUCCAAUGCCACAUUUAAAAGCUACUGAUAAUUUGAACCCUGUUACAUCCACUCCAGCUAAACCUAGCAGCCCACCUCCAGAAUUUUCUUUUAACACACCGGGCAAAAAUAUGAACCCAGUUAUCUUUUUAAACACUCAGGCAAGACCCUAUGGAUUGGGCCUUAACCAUGGAUCUGUACCUUACAGCAGUGUAUUCAAUCAAGGACUUGGAAUUCCAGGGAUGGGAGCAACUCAAGGAUUCAGGACUGGUUUUACAAAUGUCCCAAGCAGAUAUGGAACUAGCACUCGAGGUCAACCCCAGCCAUAAUAAACUCUAUUAUGUGUUAUUUAUUGUAUAUAAGGGUAUUGAUUUAAUUUUUUUUAUUGUCCAGUUUUUGUAAACCAUUAGACCAUUCUAAAUUACUGGGAUCAAUUGUAUUGUUUAUAUUCAUUAAACAGUUAAAUUGCA